AUGGCUCAAACUUUAGCCUCCAUCGGUAUCUACGUUGCUCAUGGAGCAAGUGGCAUUAUUGAGCGAGAUGGAGAGACAGUUCUCAAACGACCAUUUCCAAACAAUGAUUCUUCGCGUCAAGAGCAUCUGGGUCUACACCACUGUAUUGUACGCAUGCUAUCCUGGGAUUACGAGCAAGAUAUUCUGAAACUCGAGUACAUGAGGAAUGGCAACCUGAAGUCAUACCUGGAUUCUAAUUACUGUUCGGUCGAGAACAAGAUCCGCUGGGUCAAGCAGGCAGCGGACGCAUUCCAGCUAAUUGAACGAGGAAACCCAGGUUUGUACUGUGCUAAAGGAAUUCCGAGCCAGUUUCUUCACAGCAAAAGUGUGAUACAUUGCGAUAUCAAGCCCGAUAAUUUCCUCCUCGACGAAGACUUGCACCUCAAGAUCUCCGAUUUCGCCGGUUCUUCUCUAAGCGGCUCAAGAGCUCUUGUCUGUGGCUCUUCUCGAUUCUUGCGACCCACAAUGCCCGGAACUCCAUGUGAGGCUCAAGAUGAUAUUUUCGGCCUCGGUUCGACAAUAUACACAAUCAUCACUGGAACAGGGCCCUUUGGGGAGUUGGAGAGCGCUGAAGUCGAAGCCCGAUUUUGGGCUGCAGAGUUUCCAGAUACGAGCGAUGUUUUGUUUGGUGAUGUGAUCAGGUCUUGUUGGAGUGGGCGAGCUUCUAUAGAGCAAGUCUGCAGCUAUAUCGAGACGAGCGUACGGCAGAUGCGAGAGUCUGAACAGCUUUGA